CAGACAAACAGCCUAGCUUUCUGAAGCCUCCUCUGCUGUCUCUGUCUUCAGGUCAUCAUGGUGCUGCUCAGGCUCCUCGUGCUCCUCUUUGCUCUGGUGGUCUCUGACCUCCACAGCCUGUCCUGGUUUAUAAAUGUCUCUGAGAGCCAGGGCCCUGGCACAGUCCUUCAGUUUUUCUCCUUCAAUUGCUCCUCCUACACACCCACACCCACCCUGGAGUUGCUCAAUGUCCAGCCACCCACCACCUUCUUCAACCCACCCAGCUUGGCCAGGUGGCAAGGGACCUAUGUGGGCAAGUUGACCUUGAGCAGCUCUGCUCGACUGGAUGCCCUGAUGGUAAACCACUACAAGCUGUGGCUGAAGUUUACAUGUGGCAACUAUGUGACGGAGGGACCACUGUUUGUGGAUGUGCAACGGGACCUUAGCCAUAUCCAGUGUGCUGGUCAAUUUGCCAGUCCAGCUGGGGAAAUGAUUCAGGUUCCAGAGACAGUCAGACCAGGGGCGCGGCUGUACAUUCUGCUCCUCCCAGGCCUAGAACUCCACGGAGCCCAGAUGAGCAUUAUCAGUGCCCAGGACCCUCCAUACUUCCCUGGACCUUUCUCCAUCAAUGAGCAAGGCUGGCUGCAGGCACCAUCCCAGGGCCUCCUAGGCCAGGCUCAAAAGGUCUUCCAGCUACAGAUCUCAGUGUCCUUCAGACAAAGGCAGAGCUGCCAAGGGAUGGUGAUGGUGAAGGUUUUGCCUGUUUCCUCCAGCCAGGUCUCCUUCCUCAAACAGGCUCACAAUAUCACCAUCCCUGAGAACCUGGCCCCUGGUAGUGAGGUGGUUCAGGUCUGGGCCCGGGGUGUCAACCUGCGCUAUGAAAUCCUGUCUCCAGUGCCCAGCCCGUUCUUCUCCAUUGGUCGUGCGGACGGUGUGGUCCGGACCACUGCCCCCCUGGAGUUAGCUCGUACCCUAGGAACUGCAGUCUCCAGGCUGCAGGUGAAGGCCUUUGAGCAGCACCGGCCAUGGGACAGUGCCGAGCUCAAUCUCACCCUGAACGUGCGUCUGGUCAACGUCUGGCCCCCACGCUGUCUUCCAGCGCUUCUGGUGACCCAAAUCCCCGAGACUGCACCUGUGGGCACUGUGCUGACUACUCUCACUUGUGAAGAUCCAGACUCUGUUGGUGCCACCCUGGACUACAAGCUGUGGUUUCGCAGUUCUUCUGACCCUGCCAGCCUCUGGCUUUACGACAGAGUCCUUGAGGUGAAUGCCACACUGGACUGUGACACUCCUGGAUCCUGCUUCCAGCAUGCAGCCUCUAUCCUGGUGCUUGAUGGUGGCCAGCCCCAGAUGACCACGGAGGUGCCGGUACUGGUGAUGGUGACACCUGUCAACGAGUUCUCCCCAGCCUGUGCCCCUCGAAUGUUCCGGGUUCGGGAGGACGCAACGCCACACACUCUGCUGGGCUCUGUGAUGGGCACAGAUAUGGAUUACCCUCAGGACAACAUUGAGUACUACACCUCUGGUGGCCCUCCCACCUUUGCUGUGGACCGUCUCAGUGGGGAAGUUCACCUCCUGGGACCUUUGGACUAUGAACGGCAGAGGGUCUACAGGCUCACUGUCCUGCUGAUUGACCAUGGACAAGACCAGAAUCCCAACUGUCACCGCUCAGGCUCCUGUACCAUUACCAUUGAGGUUGAGGAUGUGAAUGACCAUGCCCCCGAGUGUGAGCCUCCAUUUCAGGAACUCACCAUCUAUGUUCCUCUGGGCCGAAGUGUGGAGGUGACCAAGGUGUCAUGCCGGAUCCCUCAGGAGCCACAGCGCCUGGCCUUCUCCUACAGCAUCGUGGGAGGGAAUAGCCAGAACCGAUUCAUCCUGCAAGGGGCCAUCCUGGUGCACAGUGACCUUGUGUUGGGGCCCUUCUGGCCAGAGCAGCCCAAUACCUAUGAGCUAUUGAUCUGUGUGGCUGAUGCAGGCCCCUCAGCCCCCCACCUCAGCACUACAGCCACCAUUGUUGUGCAUCUAGUUCCCUGGAAGUCCAGCACAGAGGCCACCAGCAUCCACAGAACCACAGUGCCCUCAAUGAUGACACCCAUGCUCGUGACAGACACAGAGGCUUUCUGGCAGCCACAGCCCUGGUUUGUGGUGGUGUUGACAGCAACUGGUGCUCUUCUCCUCUUGGCUCUGGGUUGGCUUCUUGGCAGGCUCCUCCAGGGGUUGGCCCAGCUGCUGCAAGCACCCAGCAAACCAGCCCAGGCGCUGCUGCUAAACAGCAUCCAGGAAACUGAGGGAUCCCUCAAGGGUUUCAUGGAGGUACCGAAGAUGGAGAUGUCCCAGGUACCCAGCAGCGUCAAGAGCCUGGAAUCCACCAUCUAAUUUUUUUCUGAAUGGGGUCUGCUCUCAUUGCCACUCACCCUUCAUCCAUUCUUUGUCAAAUACCUGGGGAGCCCAGAGAUGACUCAUACGUGGUCUGGUCUCUGCCCACAACGGAAGGAGGGAUGAUGGUGAGGGGAGAGGCCCCCAGAGAGUCCAGUGUCACCAGUGAAUUAUGGGAGAGUAAUCUGGCAUUGGCCUUAGGGAAGUUGGUGUCCAGUGUUGGAGAAUCAAGGAGGCUUCCUGCGCAUUUGAGUCAGAGUUAAGAGAAUUUGCUAAGAAGGGAGGGAGGGGACAAGUUAGAUUCCAGCAGAAGGUGGGGUGUCACACUGAGGGUUCUUGAGGAAUAAUCCCUUAC